CAGAAAUCCACCGAGAGUUCGGUUUUCCGUUCCGUUUCCUUUCCGGAAAGAGAAAGAGCGCCCCUCGCCUCCGGCGACCGCCAUGGUGGACACUCCCCGUAGUUCCGCCGACGGCAGCGGACGGGGAAAGGGCGGCGGGAAGCGCGCGUCGUCGUCGUCGCCGCCGCAGCCCCCGUCCUCCGCCUCUCCCAUCAAGCGCUCCAAGGCGGACGCGACGGGGAAGGGGAAGGAGAAGGAGAAGGCGGAGGCGGACAAACCCCAGGAGAAGGCGCCCGUCGCCGCGGCGGCGGCGGCGGAGAAGGCGACGACGAGCUCGAGGCGUGCUGUGGAGGAGGAGGCGUGCAAGGCGCUCGCGUCAUUGGCCGCGCAGAACAGGCUGGCUGCGGCGGCGACGGGGUCGCAAGCGAGGCAGCCGCCCAACCAGGGGCCGUGGGCGAGGCUGCUGUCACAGUUCUCGGAGAUUCCUCAUCUCACCAUCAGUGACCGUCCAUGUCCUAUCAGUUUCAAUAGCGCGACUCUAUGCAUGUUGCGGCACCUUGAGGAAUCGGGCCAGUGUCUAUUAGAUGUCACAGGAGAACAGGGGUGGGUUCAAGUAAAUCGUAGGAACAUCAUCAAGGGCACCACAACUCCCCUUGCCGAUGGGGAUGAAGUUAUCAUUUCACAUUACAAGAAUGCCUACAUUUUCCAGUAUCUUUUAAAUGGCAAUGAAGCGCCGAUCUCUGUAUCAGCUGGAGAGAAUAACCAGGGAGUAUCUCAAACUUUUAAGGAUGGAUUGAAACGAGGAAUUCUUUGUCCAGAUGCUAUUCAAGUUACUCUUGACAAUUUCCCCUACUAUCUUAGUGAGAAUACAAAGAGCAAACUCUUGACAACUGCAUCCAUACACAUGGAACACAGGGGGAAAAGGUUCAUCAGAAGUUUAUGGGGAAUUUCGUCUCUAAACCAGCGAAUUCUGUUAUCUAGUUCAUCUGGGACCGAAAUUUAUCAGGAAACAAUUGUAAAGGCCCUUGCAAAGAAGUUUGGUGCCAGACUUCUCAUUGUUGAUUCUCUUCUGCUUCCUGCUGCCAGAUGUACCAAGGUUCCAGAAUCGCCCAAUGGUGUAACUUUUGGAAAAGGGAGUAGGGUAAAGUAUAUUGGCCCAAUUACAAAACCUCCCUUUCACACAUUUCUGCACAGGGGGCCAAGUAAUGGUUGUCGGGGCAGAGUGAUGCUUGCCUUCGAAAACAAUGUCAGUAGUUUCCGUAAAGUUGGAGUUAGAUUUGACAAGCCGAUUCCGGGUGGUAAUGAUCUUGGGGGUUUGUGCGACAAACAUCAUGGCUUCUUUUGCCCUGUUAAUGAACUUCUCCCAAGCUCUUCUAGUGAUAAACAAUUUGGUACAGACGAGUUAAAUCAGGUCAUUUCGGAAGAAAGCAAAAGUAGCACUUUGAUUGUGUUCGUUAAGGAUUUAGAGAGAACGCUGACCAGAAGUCCAGAAUCACAUGAAUCACUAGGGAAGGAACUUCCACCUGGUGUUCUAAUAAUUGCUUCUUACACUUGGGCAACCAGCCAGAUAGAUAAGUCACCUCCAAAAGGAUUAUCUUUUCCGGCGCUUGGUAAUGACGCCCAGGCCCUUAUUAACUCUUUAUUGGGGUCUUCUGGAAGUAAAUUGCAAGAAAGAAACAAUGAUUACUCAAUAAAGCAUCUAACUAAGCUUUUCCCUAACAGAAUUUACAUUGAACCUCCGAAGGACAAAGCACAGCUAUCAUAUUUGAACCAACAAAUAAGACUUGAUGCUGAAAGCCUUAGAGCUAAAGCCAAUGUUCUUAGUAUUCGCAAGUUUCUGACCCAAUGUGAAAUUGAAUGCCACGAUGUUGAAGAAUUGCCAAUUACGGACCGACUACUGACUCAUGUUGAUGUGGAUAAAGUUGUUGGUUAUGGGAUUUCUUAUCACCUUGAGCACGAUAAACCCAAUAUGGAUGCCAAACCUGUACUUCCAACAGAAAGUCUGAAGCAUGGACUCGAACGUAUACAGAGCGAGAGCAUGGCCAGUAGUAGCUCAAAGAAAGCACUGAAGGACGUGGUCACAGAGAAUGAGUUUGAGAGAAGCCUUCUGUCGAAUGUUAUUGCACCCCAUGAAAUUGGAGUAACCUUUGACGAUAUCGGAGCCCUGGAGUGUGUAAAAGACACGUUAAAGGAAUUGAUUAUAACUCCUCUAAAAAGACCUGAAUUGUUCAGCAAGGGGCAGCUAUUAAAGCCUGCGAAGGGAAUAUUGCUCUUUGGACCUCCCGGCACCGGUAAAACAAUGCUCGCAAAAGCAGUAGCCACAGAAUCAGGUGCAAGCUUUAUGAACGUAUCCAUGUCAAGCAUCGCGUCAAAGUGGUUUGGGGAAGGAGAGAAAUAUGUAAAGGCCAUUUUCUCUUUGGCAAGUAAACUAUCUCCUGCUGUAAUAUUUCUUGAUGAGGUUGACAGCAUGCUAGGAAAGAGGCAAAAUCGAGAAGAGCCAGAAACCACGCGAAGGAUGAAAAAUGAAUUUAUGGUGAAUUGGGAGGGGUUGCUUACUAAAGAUGACGAACGUGUAGUGGUUCUUGCAGCCACCAACAGGCCCUAUGAUCUUGAUGAGGCGGUCAUUAGAAGGUUACCUCGCAGAUUAAUGGUGAACCUUCCUAAUGCGCCGAAUAGAGAGAGGAUUUUGAAGCUGAUACUGUCCAAAGAAGCGUUGGCAGAAGAUGUGAGUCUUGAGUCAGUUGCCAGUAUGACUGAUGGAUAUUCAGGAAGUGACUUGAAGAAUCUCUGUGUGACAGCAGCAGGGCGGCCCAUUCACGAUCUCCUAGAGAGAGAACAAAAGGAGAAGAGUCUGGCGAUAAUCGAAGGUAGGCCUGAGCCUGCGCUGCUUACAGCUGACGACAUCCGGCCUCUUAGAAUGGACGAUUUCAAAUCGGCCCAUGAUCAGGUGUGCGCUAGCGUGCCACUUGACUCCGAAAACAUGAGGGAACUUAUUCAGUGGCACGACCAGUAUGGCGACGGCGGAUCAAGGAGGAAGAGCAAAGAACAGGCCAGCAGCUACUACAUGUAGUAGCUGUAUGUAGGUAGACAUAUGUAGAGUAGCUAUACCAAUAGUAUACUGCCCUGGAGAGAACAGUCGGGUUUUUCGCUGCUUCCUUGAGGAAUGAGGAGCGGCUGCCUCCGACACUCCCACCUAACUAGAUAUCUAGGUUGAUGAUUUGGAUCCAGGUCGACAGCUUCUUACGGCGAUCUGGAUCUGUUCCUUUGGCUAUGGAUAGGCCUUGUCAAAAAGAAAGAAAAAGCAAAGGGAUGCCUUGCUUGCACAGCCUCAAGUUGUACCUAGUUUUGUUCUGUGGCCCCGCAAAAUUUUGAGUUGUAUUUGUAACCCUUUUGUGGUCCGGCAAAUUUUGUUCGGUAGUGUCGGGCGAUCUGUUCAUUCUUGUAUUCAUUGUGCAUGUUAAUUCAUUCAGCAAAGAUUUUUUAGAAACAAAUUCAUUUCAAGUACAAAAUUGGAAAGCAUAUAUCGCGCUCUUUGUAUUCCAGUUCUCAUGUAAUCAGAAUUUGAAAAGCCUGGAGCUGCGUUACCAAGGUAA